AUAUCAAACCAUGUUCUAAGAGAACUUCCACAAGUGAUGCUUUGGCGAAGUUUCGGCGUAAAAGGUUAAUCCCGCGUUCUUACAAGGUUAUGAUUACAUUCCAAAAACUCCCAGAUUCCAACAUGUCCUAUAGAUUUUUGCAAAUAAACCGUGGUGGUAACGG